UGUGGAUUAUAAUCGCUGGAAUGCUACGCUUACGUGUAGUGUGGAUUAUAAUCACUGGAAUGCUAUGCUUAUGUAUAGUGUGGAUUAUAAUCGCUGGAAUGCUAUGCUUACGUGUAGUGUGGAUUGUAAUCGCUGGAAUGCUAUGCUUAUGUGUAGUGUGGAUUAUAAUCGUUGGAAUGCUAUGCUUACGUGUAGUGUGGAUUAUAAUCGCUGGAAUGCUAUGCUUAUGUGUAGUGUGGAUUAUAAUCGCUGGAAUGAUAUGCUUGUGUAGUGUGGAUUACGAUCGCUGGAAUGCUAUGCUUAUGUGUAGUGUGGAUUAUGAUAGCUGGAAUGCUAUGCUCAUGUGUAGUGUGGAUUAUGAUAGCUGGAAUGCUGUGCUUAUGUGUAGUGUGGAUUAUAAUCACUGGAAUGCUAUGCUUAUGUGUAGUGUGGAUUAUAAUCGCUGGAAUUCUGUGCUUACGUGUAGUGUGGAUUAUAAUCGCUGGAUUGCUAUGCUUAUGUGUAGUGUGGAUUAUAAUCGCUGGAAUGCUGUGCUUAUGUGUAGUGUGGUCUUAUAAUCGCUGGAUUGCUAUGCUUAUGUGUAGUGUGGAUUCUGAUCACUGGUAUGCUAUGCUUAUGUGUAGUGUGGAUUAUGAUCGCCGGAAUGCUAUGCUAAUGUGUAGUGUGGAAUAUGAUCGCUGGAAUGCUAUGCUUAUGUGUAGUGUGGAUUAUAAUCGCUGGAAUGCUACGCUAAUGUGUAGUGUGGAAUAUGAUCGCUGGAAUGCUAUACUUAUGUGUAGUGUGGAUUAUAAUCGCUGGAAUGCUAUGCGUAUAUGUAGUGUGGAUUAUGAUCACUGGAAUGCUAUGCUUACGUGUAGUGUGGAUUAUAAUCGCUGGAAUGCUAUGCUUAUGUGCAGUGUGGAUUAUAAUCGCUGGAAUUAUAUGCUUAUGUGUGUUAUUAAUUAUUACCGUCAGAAUGCAAUGCGUAUGUGAAAUAUGGAUUAUAAGUUAUGCUUAUGCGUUGUAUGGAUUAUGAGUUCAAUGCGUAUGUGUAGUAUGGAUUAUAAGUUCAAUGCGUAUGUGUAGUAUGGCUUAUGAGUUCAAUGCGUAUGUAUAGUAUGUAUUAUGAGUUCAAUGCGUAUGUGUAGUAUGGAUUAUGAGUUCCAUGCGUAUGUGUAGUAUGGAUUAUGAGUACAAUGCGUAUGUGUAGUAUGGAUUAUGAGUUCAAUGCGUAUGUGUAGUAUGGAUUAUGAGUUCAAUGCGUAUGUGUAAUAUGGAUUGAGUUCCAUGCGUAUGUGUAGUAUGGAUUAUGAGUUCAAUGCGUAUGUGUAGUAUGGUUUAUGAGUUCAACGCGUAUGUGUAGUAUGGACUAUGAGUACAAUGCGUAUGUGUAGUAUGGAUUAUGAGUUAAACGCGAGCGGCGCCGCGAGUCGAGGGGGGCCAUGGACGAGGUGCGAGGGGGGGGCGGAGAGGAGAAACUGAGGGCAGAAUGGGAGAGGUGACAACACCAACAGCGACAUCGUCACACAAACCUCCUCCUCCUCAUCACGUCGUGGAGCAGGAGGAGCUGCGUGGCUCCCUGCUGGAGACGGACACGGAGAGCUGGGCGCAGGGAGGAGACCUCGCCACGUCCGGGCUGCGUCUCCUUGGAGGCUGCGAUGUCUCCUACCUCGCGGCUAAACCGGACGUCGCCUGCGCAACCCUGGCGGUGCUCAGCUUCCCAGAGCUCGAGGUGGUGUACGAAGACUCGCGUCUGGUCGACCUCUCCGCUCCGUACGUGCCGGGGUUUCUCGCGGCACGGGAGUCUCGCUUCAUCCUCGACGCCGUCCUCCGUCUCCGAGAAACGCGUCCGGAGCUCGAGCCCCAGGUGAUGAUGGUUGAUGGUAAUGGCAUCUUACAUUACAAGGGGUUUGGCCUGGCGUGCCACCUGGGCGUGCUGGCUGCCCUGCCCUGUGUCGGAGUGGCCAAGGACCUGCUGCAGGUGGACGGGCUGCAGAAGGACGGCGCGCACCGACACAAGAUCAAGGCUUUGAAUGGAAAAGGAGACACAUUCCCACUCGUCGGGAAUUCUGGGAAGAUUCUGGGAAUGGCUGUGCGUUCCUCGUCUCUCUGCUCGAACCCUGUCUACGUGUCGGUGGGACACCGCGUGUCCCUGGACACGGCUGUGAGGCUGACACUGUCCUGCUCCAAAUUCCGCGUACCGGAACCAAUCCGCCAGGCAGACAUCCGCUCCCGGGAAUUCCUGCGUGAGAAAUUCCCCAUUCCGCAACCGCGGCUUCCACGAGGGUCGAACGGAGAACAAGAAGAAGAGGAACAGGGGGAGGAGGAGGAGAAGAAUAGUUAGAAUUCCUCGGAAAGUCACCCACCGCUCCGUGGCUCUGCAACGACCUCGACUUCCUCGGAGAUGCGGGAAAGCGCUUGAGCGUGCGGGCGAGGGUUGGGGCCGGCCCCGUACCCUCGCCUGCGUGCGUUUACGUGCCUUGCCCCCCCCCCCCCCCCCCGUUUGUCUCCCGCUCAACUUUGCCGUCGCCAUCAUUAGACCUCCUUUGCCAGUACCAAAAUGUAAUAAUAGAAAGGAGGUCUAAUGAUGUAGAUGCUCACCCCGAGCCCUCAUUACUUUGAUAGUGCA